AUGAGCCUCCAUUUCGAGACCUUCGAAACGGUUGCGUUCGCGGUGUCCGUCUUGGUAGCGACAUACACGGUCCAGGAUGGCAAGUCCAACUACCUCGAAGGUGCCAUGCUUCUAGGUUUCUACAUGAUCAUUGCUAUCGCUUUCUACGCUACACCUAGUGACGCGCUUCACAAGACGAGUGUGAUUGCGGGCUAA